GGCAUCCAAGUCAUCGCAACCCUGCUUCCCCAUGAGGAUGCCGACCAUCUGCUCUCUCGAGGUAUCGACGUCACCCGGACAGACGUGACAAGCGACGAGAGUGUAGAAUGUCUCAAGGAAACAGUUGAAAAGAUCACAGGUGGGAGAUUACACAUUCUAAUCAAUAACGCGUUAGUCCGCUAUACCAUGCCCGCAACAGACACGGAAGCCAACGAAGUCGAAAAGAUGUUCAGAGUCAAUGUCUUCGGUCCUAUGCGAGUUGUUCACUAUCUCCAUCCAUUGUUGAUCGAGGCCAAGGGAGUCAUCGUCAACAUUGGAUCGAUUGGAGGUGUAUGUCCGUAUGUAUAUGGAGCAUCAUACAAUGCUAGCAAAGCAGCACUCCAUCACUAUGGGAAUACCCUUCGGGUUGAGAUGCGGCCUUUUGGCGUCCGGGUUGUGAAUGUCAUUUCGGGCGAGGUCAGCACGAAUAUAUUGAAAAGCGAUCGAGGGAGGUUACUGCCAUCCGAAUCCGCGUACAGCCCGCUGAAGGACGCUUUUCAGGCCCAUGUUCAACGGAAGCCAGGUACUAGUUCACUUUCCACGCAUUCCAGCACAUAUGCAGCUGGAGUUGUCAAAGAAAUCUUGAAGCCGUCUCCCGCUGCCUGGUUCUGGUUCGGUGCUUCUUCUGGCAUGAUCCGGUUCAUUGAUGCGUUUCUCCCUCGGACGUUCUGGGUGAGCCUCAGUUAUUUUAUCAACGGGACUCUCGCUGACUCGUGA